CUCUUAUUUUGUAGUUUAACCGGAUAUGCUCGUGUUUACUUUGUCGGUCUGAGGCGCUCGUCAGAGAACACUCGUUGGAUUUUUGUGUUUUUAAACAUUAUUUUCAACGCGGUUGUCGGUCUUAGAUAAACACACUACAGCAGUGUCCAUUAUUUCCACAUUCCCUUUCCCUGAUCCAUCAGCUGAAAUCAUGGCAGACCCGGCCCGUGUGAAACCUGAAGCGGGCACAUCGGUGGACAGACCCAAACCGGGCGAGGGGUCCAGUGAGGGUCCGGAGGGCAGCAGUAAGAGCUCUGACCCUGCUGCGGGACAGACUGCUGUAAAAGAGGAGGGCAAGACGCUCAGUCAGAGGCCUGCUGAAGAUGCUGGUGAUGAAGAGGAGGAGGGAUCUUCAUCUCUGCAUCCUCCUCCUGCCAAAAAGCUGAAAGUGGAGCCGCACGACAAGAAGAAGGAGAAACGCCACAAAGUGGAUGAAGACGAAAUCCAGAAGAUGCAAGUUUUAGUAUCAUCGUUCUCUGAAGAGCAGCUGAACCGCUAUGAGAUGUACAGGCGCUCGGCGUUCCCUAAGGCAGCUAUUAAAAGACUGAUUCAGUCCAUCACCGGAUCAUCGGUCUCUCAAAACGUGGUCAUCGCCAUGUCCGGAAUCGCCAAAGUGUUUGCUGGAGAGAUUGUUGAAGAAGCUCUGGAUGUGUGUGAGAAGUGGGGGGACACUCCACCUCUGCAGCCCAAACACAUGAGGGAAGCCGUGCGGAGACUGAAGAGCCGAGAGCAGAUUCCCAGCUCCAAACACAAACACAUCCUCUUCCACUGAACAGCAUCACGGAGAAACAGGACUGGACAUCUCUCCGCUGUAAACAGUAAUGAUGAUGUAGAAAAGAGGAUUUGUUUUAUUAUUAUUAUUAUUAUUAUUAUGAAAUACUUUGUUGCCUAAUGUUGGUUUAGUUUUGAUGCCGUGUGUGUUUUGGAAAGCACAUCUAAUGUUAUCUCCUCAUGUUUUGAUGAAAGAAUGUGAAAUUAAAUGUUUGUACUAAACCCUGCAGUUCUUCACUCUUAUUAGGAUGAGGAUUAUUUCAAUAUUAGGACUGGGUGAAGCAGACUCAGACUAAAAGGCAGCAAACAUAAAGACAUCAGGCAAAGAAAAGGAAUCAGAUGUCGGGUGGAGUGCGGCGUGUCCCACCCUACGUGACGUCACGCGACUCAGAACAAGCAGUGGUGUAAUACAGUGGUGGGAGUCGCUUGGUGAUUUAAAAAACUCAAAUAAAUGUUACUGAACUAU